UGGGGUUGGCUGAGGGCCCCGCCGGGAGCCGCGGUUCCUUGUGGGAAGGCAGAAAGAUGGCGGCGCCCAUGGGGCGUACUCUGUUAGGGGUGGCCAGAGGCUGGCGGCGUCUCGACAGUCUCUGGGCGGGUAGCCCGCGUUUUCGCGGCCUGUCCCUUGAGGCUGCGCCCUCAGGCAGCCGGUCUCCAUGGCGCUUGCUGGGCGCUUUGUGUCUGCAGCGGCCACCGCUGAUCACCAAGCCGCUCACCCCAUUGCAGAAAGAGAUGGCGGAACUACUGCAGAAGGUGGAGACAGAGAGAAGCCUGUAUUCAGACCACGAGCUUCGUGCUCUGGAUGAAGCUAAGCGACUGGCAAAGAAGAAAUCUGACCUUUACGAUGAUGAUCAAGAUGAGCAGGGCAUUACACUUGCACAAGACUUAGAAGAUAUGUGGGAGCAGGCGUUCCUCCAGUUCAAACCUGGAGCUCGAGUAACAGAAGCUGAUAAAAAGAAUGACCGAACCUCCUUGCAUCGUAAGCUAGACAGGAACCUGGUCCUCUUAGUCAGAGAGAAGCUUGGGGACCAGGAUUUUUGGAUGCUCCCUCAAGUAGAGUGGCAGCCUGGGGAGACCCUUCGAGGGACAGCUGAGCGAAUCCUGGCCACCCUCUCAGAAAACAACAUGGAAGCCAAGUUCCUGGGGAAUGCACCUUGUGGCCACUACAAGUUCAAACUCCCCAAGGCAAUUCGGACAGAGAGUGACAUUGGGGCCAAAAUCUUCUUCUUCAAAGCUCUGCUACUCACAGGAGACUUUCCACAGGCUGGGAAGAAGGCCCGCCAUGUGUGGGCCAGUAAGGAAGAGCUGGGCGACUACCUGCAGCCCAGGUACCUGGCUCAGGUCAGGAAGUUUCUUCUGGACUCCUGAUGGAUGCAGCCGCUUGUGGAUGAUGCGCACAUAGGUCAAGUGCUAGGACCUCAGGAACAGUGCGGAUGCUCAUUUACAGGGACAGUCAAGCACCAAACUAAAUUCUGAGAAUUAAACGUGUUUGCCAUUG